AUGGCUCCUAAGUUGGAGGAUCCCGGUGCUUUCACGAUUCCUUAUACUACUAGGAGUGCCAAUUUUGCUAAUGUUCUUUGUGAUCUUGGGGAGAGUAUCAGUUUGAUGUCCUAUUCGAUGUUUAAAACUUCGGGAAUUGGGAACCCAAGACCCACAUCUAUGAGGUUGCAAAUGGACGAUCAUACCAUGAAGAGGCCGUUGGGAGUGAUACAGGAUGUUUUGGUCCGAGUUGCUAAGUUCAUUCUUCCGGCGGACUUUGUUAUUCUAGAUUGUGAGGUUGAUUAUGAAGUGCCUAUUAUUCUAGGAAGAUCUUUCCUUGAAAUGGGUAAGGCUCUUUGUGAUGUGGAAGCAGCAGAACUCACUUUUCGGGUUGGUGAUGAAAAAGUGAUUUCUUUAUCAUGUACUCGCCUCAGCAUGUUUCCCCUCCCGUUAUUAUUUGUUCACCUUCUAUUAGUUGUUACUGUGCUCGUAUAUUGUUUAACUACACAGAUAUUGCUACCGGACCGAGUUGACCCUGAGUCUAGCUGCUGGCUUGAUCUAUUUGGAGAUCCAAGGUUUAGGUUGUUGCCUUUGCCCAAAAAUGAGGCUAGAAGUGUUGUGGCUUUCCUGAAGAAGAAUAUUUUUACAAGAUUUGGUACUCCGCGUGAAAUCAUAAGCGAUGGGGGCUCACAUUUUUGCAGCAAUCCUUUUGACACUUUACUUAGCAAGUAUGGUGCUACUCACAAAGUCACGACUCCCUAUCACUCACAAGCUAGUGGUCAAGUAGAAGUCUCCAACCAGGAGAUAAAAAGUAUCUUGUCUAAAACGAUCAAUGCAAAUCGGACGGAUUGGUCCAUGAAGCUUGAUGAUGCACUAUGGGAAUAUCAGAUGGCUUACAAAACACCUAUCAGAGUGUCUCUAUACCGGUUAGUGUUCAGGAAAGCUUGUCAUCUUCCAGUGGACCUAGAGCACAAGGCAAUGCGGGCCUUGAAGAAAUUGAAUCUUGAUUGGGAUGUAGCCGCUAACUUUUGA